UAUAAACAUAUAUAGGUUCACACACACACUCUAUAUGAAAUAGUAUAUAUCACAGUACCGUACAUUAAUAUCACAGAUUGCUAAAGAUCUUCGAUUCACUCAACCGUGUGGUGUCGAACGAGUAACAUAUUAUAGAUUUUCUUGGUAAAAUCGACGACAAUGACGGCUUCGAGUAAACAUGAUUUGCCUCACUUUGUGGCCAUCAAUAGGAUUAUGAAACUGCCGGUGGUAUCAUCAGGUGUCAACAAAGUGACAUACAUCUACGUAAAAGUUAAGAUGUCGAACAGAGUUAUUGGAUACAGCUUGGAAAGUGCAGAAAAAACCGUGUUGAGCGUAGUGGAUAUGUCUGUUCCAUUAGUCAUCAAAUUUGAAGAUCCAAUUAAUAGAAUUGACGAUAUUAUGUGCAAGUCAUUGGAUGUUGUCGAACAAAAUGUACCAAUGGUCACUUAUACUCCGGAAGAGAUUUAUUUCACAACCAAGACCUACGUCAAAGCUAAAGUCGAGCCGGUCCUAAAGCGUGCUGACUCCGUAAAGCAGCUCACCAUGUUGGACGAUGCGUUGAGCGUGGCUGAUAAAUACGUGGACAAAUAUUUGCCAGACAAGGAUCCAGGCGAGGACGUCGCAGACAAACCGAUCCCGAUCUAUACCAAAUUUCGGCAAUAUAUUGUGUUGUUGUUGCCUACUGCAGGUACAGAAACGUCUAGUCAAGCAGUGAAGACUAUAAGACACGUCAACCACUUUUCCAGGAAAUUGCAAAGGCGCUUGACACGCAGAACGAUUGCCGAGGCUAAGCUGCUCAAAAAACAGGGAUACGAUACCGUCCAGUGCUUCGUGUAUUUUGCAGACCUCCUGGCCAAAGAUCCCAAAGCGUUUUCGGAAAAAAUGAAGGCCAUAUGGAAACACUUAAGCGAGGAUGAACCAGAAAAUCAAAAGCCACCGGAGAACAUUGAACAGCUCAUCGAAAUGUUAUCGAGGGAGGGAGCUAGGCGUUUCGUGCAUGUAACAAACUUUUUAGCUAAAAACAUCAGUAUGGGACCCACAUACUUAGGACAAGGAAUCACCUACAUUACCCAGGAGGCUGCCAUCUUGGCGGACCAAAUUAUAAAGUACGCCCAUUUGGAAAAUGCAAAAGGCACAGUUGUGAAAUUUACCAAUGAGCAGUUCACCAAGUACAAGACAUUUAUUGAAGAUAUAAGGAAAUUAAUACUGGAAUAUAUGUCGUCAGUGUCUUCGAAAAUAAAUGAUUCUAAAAAGAAAGAAACCGAAAAAGACAACAAAAACAGCACUACUGUUGCAAACAUCAAACCUCCAAAAGGCAAUAAGGCGAAUACAGCACCUGCAGCCACCACUACUGCAGUGGCCAAUACAACGACCAACGGAAAACCUUAGUCCUAAGUUUAAUUUAAUAUUCAACCAUCAAAUACUGCAUAAUAUUUUUGUCAGUUAUAAUUAUAUUAUUUUAUACGCGUCUGAUUUUUAGAAUUCUUUACUUUUUAUUUUUAUCUUAUUUUUUUUAUAAUAUGUGAACUUAUUAUCGAAAUUUAUUAUAAUAUAUUAUGAUACAUAAUAUUAUAAUAUAUUGUUUUGAUUUUUAAAAUUCUAUGUUUUACACACGAAUAUUUAUAAUUUGUAACAGAAAACAAAUAUAUAAACUAUGUUACAUCGUUAUUUAAAAAUAUAUUUAAUUUUUUACCCAA